CGGGCUCUGGGUAGCAACUAGCAAGGAUCCCCGCCACUCCAAAAGGGACAGGACGGAAACCGAUUCUAUUCCUCAAACCUGUUCUUCCAACCAUUCAGAAAAUUACCCUCGACGAUGCCAAAUCCUCCAAUUCUAUCUCUCCUCCUUUCCUUAUUGUCGCUUGUUCCCAUUUCCUUGGCUUACAGGCCUGGAGACAUCGUUCCCAUGAGCAAGAUGGGACAGUAUCACUCGUCGAGAACGGUUUGGCACGAUAUGAUAGGUCGCCAUUGUCCAAUUUUUGGUGUCAAUCGCGAGGUUUUAGUUCCUAUACCGAAACCGGUCGGCUACACAGGAGCUGAUCCCUAUAAAAUAUCCUUUCAAGUUGGAAAAGAGAAGUUUCUAGUCCCAUGGCUUCUUGUGAUAAAUCGAAAAAGUGCCGAAGUUCCAAUGAUUGAUGUCCACUUGAGGUAUUCUGGAAGUGAUCUUCAUGGUGUGACUGCCAAAGUAGUGGACAUGCCUCAUAUCUUGAAGUUCUCUCCUGGCCUUCUGACUACUUUCUUCUCAAUAGACACUGAUACACAUCCACAUAUUACCAAACAAUUCUGGGAUCAACAACAUUGGCCGAAGCACAUUCUUGUCCGUUAUACAUGGGAGGAGCAAUCGGAGAUUGAUGUGACUUCUGGAUUAUAUGUUUUGUUCGGAUCAGGUCUUACGCUAUCUUUUAUUCUGUCGAUUUACAUCUUGCAAUCAUCGAAGGACAAGUUAGCAAGGUUUGUAAGAGAAACAGUAGUUGAAAGCAGCAUUCCUGGCGUGGGAGUGGCAAAAGUGGAAUAGAGAGUAGUGGAGGGAGUUGAGGGAAACACUUGCAUAAUAUUAAGCUGGACGUUGGGCGUUACCCAUUCCAAUUUGAAGCUGAUAUGCUAUUAUGUCCUUUCAGAGGGUUAAAAAAGCGGUAUGCAAGUUGCACAUUUCUUUUAGACAAGAAAAAUUAACUCUUUAAUCUGUAAGGUGUAUGUAGGUUGGAGGACAUCGGCCUACGUCUACCUCAAAAAAGUCUAAUAUUACGGACCCCCAUAUAUUUUCAUUUUCUAGGUCGGGGAAGAAUCUUUUUUCUUUUUUCUUUCUAAUUUUUUAAUUUUCUUUUCUGUAAAUGCGACUAAGACUAGUUUGGUAAUUCUACUUUGGGUAAUUUCUUUA